CCUCGGCGGCUGAGGAAAGCAGGAGGAGGUGGUGGCGGCGGGAAGAUGUAAGUUGGGGCGGAAUCCGACCGCAUCCGUGUUUCGGGGGCUGCUCGGCAGGCCCGGCAGGACGCAUCGUGAAGCCGGUCCACUCCUCAGCCCCGCAGUGCGGCGGUGGCCUGGCAGCGCGGUGCGGGCUCCGAGAAGAAAGAGUAUGGCCCGGGACGGGUGGAGUGGGAGGUGUCGAGGCCGUGGCCCGGAAGUGGUCGGGGCCGCUGCGGACGGAAGGGCGCCUGUGCUUCGUCCGCUCGGCGGUGGCCCAGCCAGGCCCGCGGGACUCAGACCAGCGGGGAGCGCGGUCCCCGCCCUUGGGGCCCUCCCGCCGGGCCGGAGACCCAAGCCCCCAACGCCAGGCCCUGCCCUGGAAGCGCUCGCGGCCCGGCGCCUGGACGGGGGAGUUGUGAGUGAACGCGGACGGGGAAGCGGCGAGGUCGGCGUGUCGGGCCGGUGUCGGCGGGCGCGGAGUUUCUUUGUGGGAUGCGGUGGAAGGUCGGCCGAUCCCCCCUUCGGAGUCAUUAAUUCAAACGUGUACUCCGCGAACGUUUCCCGGACUCCCGUGUGCAAUUAUCGGCGCUAGGCCGUGGGGAUACGGCCCACUAUGGACCGAGCACGGUGGCCGAGCUCAGUUUGAUGGGUUACCCCAGAGGGGCGGAUACGGGAAGGUUAAGGUUGUUGGAGGAGAAACGUGGAGUAGGCUUUUUGUCUUGAUUGCGCAUGAACUGUGCCUGAAAUGUACUUUUAAAUGGGGAAGGUGCUCUGAAGAUUUGUGCCGAAACGCCCUCUCCUCGAGAUUUAACUAAUUGUUCUCUCCUCUCUCUGGCUGUUGGACGCGCACCUUUCCGGAGGAUGGGGGAGGUAACCGAGGUCCUGAGCCGGUACCUGAACUUGGGUGAACAGAGAACCUCAACUUUUGCUUUCUAGCACUCGACUGCACCCAGCAAGGCGUCCGCUUACUCAGUGGUUCUUAGUGUUUGGAGUGCUUAAGAAUAACUGGUGGUGUUUGAUUUCACAAAGUACAUUCGGGCAGAUCUUUAGUUCUUGGGGGGGUGGGGCUGGAAUCUGCGGGUGUGACCUCCACUCUAGGUCUGUGCUGUCCAGCAAAGUAGCCAUUGGCCACAUGUGGCUGCUAAGCAUGUGAAAUACAGCUCAUCAAGACUGAAAUGUUAAAACGCACAGCAGUUUUAGAAGACUAGGAAAAAAGCAAACCUUUAUUAGAUUUUUAUGUUGAUUAUAUGUUGGAAAGAUAAUAUUUUGGAUGUGUCAAAUGUUAAAAAUUAAUUUCACCCAUUUUUGUGACGUGGCUGCUAAGGAAUUUCAGGUGAUGCUUGUGGCUCCUCACACGGUUUCUAUUGGACAGUGCUGCUGCAGGUGAUCCGAAGGCGGGUGGGUGCAGGAACCCAGCUGAGAGUUCAGAAAUUACGUGUAACUUUGGAGACAAGUGUCUGUGGGGGAAGGAGCCUCCGGACGUGGAGAUACAACUCUUGAUCCUAACAUUUAUCGAGUGUUUAAUUAAUGCCCUGGGUAACUAUAAGGUUGGAACUGUAAUUGUCACCAUAUUGAUGAUGAGAAACUUGAGAAAGGAUAAGUGACUUGUUUAAAAUCACACAGUAAAACCUCAAAUCAAACCCAGGCUCUCUGGCUCCAGACUCUAAAUUAUACUCUGAAUGAUACUCACUGAUUGUCCGAGGACACAAUGUCGAGGCACUAUCUGCUGGGUGUCUGCAGAACCUUACUGUUCUAAAGCAAAACAUUUUACUCCUGGACAAGAGCAGCAGAGGUGGCGUUCGGCCCUCCUUGGCUCUCAUUUGACUGUUCAAAGCCAGGUGCUUUUCUUUCUUGGGUCAGAACAUAUUUUCAGCAGCAUUUUGAAGCACCCCUGGCAUGCACUGCACAGGGAAACCAGGACCACAUUGGUGUGCUGUGUCCUCCUUACCAACUGGCUCUUGGAGAAGGCUGCUCUUUGGCGUAAAUUGCAAUCGAUUAGGGAUCGUUUCUCAGAAUCAAGUUAGAAGUGAGAGUUCAGAUAAGUGAGGCCGCCAUUGCUGCUUUGAACACCUCAGAAGGGGAGAAUGGAUUUAUCAGGAGUGAAAAAGAAGAGCUUGCUAGGAGUCAAAGAAAAUAAUAAAAAGUCCAGCACUAGGGCUCCUUCACCUACCAAACGCAAAGACCGCUCAGAUGAGAAGUCCAAGGAUCGCUCAAAAGAUAAAGGGACCACCAAGGAGUCGAGUGAGAAGGAUCGCGGCCGGGACAAAACCCGAAAGAGGCGCAGCGCUUCCAGUGGUAGCAGCAGUACCAGGUCUCGGUCCAGCUCGACUUCCAGCUCAGGCUCCAGCACCAGCACUGGCUCAAGCAGUGGCUCCAGCUCUUCCUCAGCAUCCAGCCGCUCAGGAAGCUCCAGCACCUCCCGCAGCUCCAGCUCUAGCAGCUCUUCUGGCUCUCCAAGUCCUUCUCGGCGCAGACACGACAACAGGAGGCGCUCCCGCUCCAAAUCCAAACCACCUAAAAGAGAUGAAAAGGAGAGGAAAAGGCGGAGCCCAUCUCCUAAGCCCACCAAAGUGCACAUUGGGAGACUCACCAGGAAUGUGACAAAGGAUCACAUCAUGGAGAUAUUUUCCACCUAUGGGAAAAUUAAAAUGAUUGACAUGCCCGUGGAAAGGAUGCAUCCCCAUCUGUCCAAAGGCUAUGCGUACGUAGAGUUUGAGAAUCCAGAUGAAGCUGAGAAGGCGCUGAAGCACAUGGAUGGAGGACAAAUUGAUGGCCAGGAGAUCACUGCCACCGCCGUGCUGGCCCCCUGGCCUAGGCCACCCCCCAGGAGAUUCAGCCCUCCCAGGAGAAUGUUGCCACCACCGCCUAUGUGGCGCAGGUCUCCCCCACGGAUGAGGAGAAGGUCCCGCUCCCCGAGGCGCAGGUCCCCCGUGCGCCGGAGAUCACGGUCCCCGGGCCGCCGCCGCCACAGGAGCCGCUCCAGCUCCAACUCCUCCCGAUAAACAGGCCACUGAAGCUCUCGCCCCUGUAACUUAUACCCCACCCAGCUCAGUUUUGUCACUUUUCUAGCCAAAGGAAGACCAGUAGGAAAGCAAACCCUUGACUCUGGCAGGAUUUGCAGGCAGCAGGCAGCAGGCAGCACCCCUCUGCCAGCCGGGCUCCGGCUGCAGAAGUGCUGUUGGUUUGGAUGCUGUGUGCCUGUCAAGAUUCCCUCCGGUUUUCUGGCUAGAAAGCUCACCCGUUUCCGGUUUCUAAGAGUCAGUUCAGUGGCAGAGCCACCAGGGACAAGUGAGGCUCUUGGGGGUGGUUUGACCCUGCUUACCUGGGAGCACACUUUUCCCUUCCCCGAUGACCUGGGAUGGUGGCCAGGCCGUGCCCUUGCUGUUGCUGGGCAGUGUCCUUCUGGAAAGGGAGCUGCCCCAGGCUUUAGUGCAGCUGCCAACCCUGUUAGGCCUGGCCUCUCGAGGCCUCUUCUGACUUCAAGGGUCACAUCCCCCCUAAAGAUCCUCUCACCCAUGGUAGUUGCUGCUCAUGGUUCUGUCUGUCCGUGCACCGAUGCACACACCGCACCCCACCACUGUACUCUGAAAUUGGCGAGUGAGUUGAGAGCCAGCUCUGCGGGGUCAUCACGCAGCCAUGGUUGUGCCUGCCCUUCAUGGUGGUCUUUCAGGUUAUCUUGGCAACAUGUACAUUGCUUUUAUUUUUUUUCUUUUUUGCUUUUAUUGUACAGUCAGUACUAUAAAAUUUCUCUUUUGAGUUUUAUACCUUUGUAGCAUUUUAGAUGACAUUGUGUUUGUACUUUGUUGUGUAGAGUGGAAGAAUUGUGUUUAAUAAACCCAAGAUCGGAAUGCAAA